GUGCGGUGCGGUGCGGUGCGGUCCGUCCGUCCGCGGCCGAGGUCGGGGCGCGGGAUGGCGGCCGAGGCGGUGAAAAGGCUGGGGCUGCUCUUCGAGGCCCAGCAGACGAGCGGCUACUCGGCCGGAGACCCGGUGGCCGGACGCGUCCUGCUGGAGGCCGCCCGGCCGCUGCUCUGCAAGGCGCUGCGCCUAGAGGCCGUCGGCGGGGCCCGGGCCCGGGCCGGGGAGCUCCGCUGUCUCGGCGUCCGCCGCAGCCUCGCGGAGCCCGCACCAGGUGAAGAUGUCAUUCUGUUGCAACCUGGAAAACAUGAAUUUCCGUUUAGUUUUCAACUUCCAGCUGAGCCUUUAGUGACCUCAUUCACGGGAAAGUACGGCAGUAUUCAGUACUGGGUGAGAGCAAUCUUGGAACGACCUUUGGCACCUGAUCAGAGUGUAAAGCGAGAACUCCAGGUUGUCAACCAUAUCGAUGUCAAUACACCAGCAUUAAUAACCCCUAUAUCGAGGACUCAAGAGAAGAUGGUGGGCUGUUGUUUUCUGGCUUCUGGACUAGUCUCUCUCAGUGCCAAAAUUGAUAGAAAGGGAUAUUGUAAUGGUGAGGCCAUACCAAUCUAUGCAGAAAUCGAAAAUUGUUCCUCCCGACUAAUUGUUCCAAAAGCUGCCAUCAUCCAAACACAGACGUACUUAGGCAGGGGAAAGACCAAGACCAUCCGACAAAUGGUUGCCAAUGUGCGAGGAAACCACAUUGCUUCUGGAAGUACUGAUACUUGGAAUGGCAAGACUUUGAAAAUCCCACCUGUUUCUCCAUCCAUCCUUAACUGCUCUAUUAUCAGAGUGGAUUACUUCUUAGCUGUGUACGUACAUAUACCUGGUGCUAAGAAGUUGAGGGUAGAGCUACCACUGGUGAUUGGCACAAUUCCAUACCAUGGAUUUGGCAGCAGAAACUCUAGUGUUGCUAGUCAGUUCAGUAUGGACAUGAGUUGGUUGACGUUGACACUGCCAGAACAUCCUGAAGCACCGCCGAAUUAUGGAGAUGUGGUAUCAGAAGAAGAAUACGCUAGACACAUUCCUUCUUAUCCUCAGCCAUUGGACUGUGAAAGAGAAAUGUGUUGCCCUAUGUUGGCCUAUAUUCAGGAAUUCCGGUUUCAGCCUCCACCUCUAUAUUCCGAGGUUGAUCCACAUCCUAGUAACACUGAAGAGAUUCAGCCCGUUUCAUUCAUACUCUGAAGUUGAAGUCACUGUGAUCAUGAUCGAAUUAAAAUCAUUGGCUUUUUCUUGCUACUCCUUUCUGGUGAAAAACUGCACGGAUGAAGAAUGGUGCAGGAAGGCAAAUGGAUGGAGAUUCUGGAAAAUGAAUGGACUUCCGGGAUAAAGCAUUCCCCAUAACUAGUUUGCCUGUUGCUCAGGAUGCCGUUUAAAUGGUGGGAUGAAGAUAUGAGAAACACUGAAUGGAGCUGCAUCUUGAGCAUGAAGAGGACUGGACCAGAAAGAAAGUAAUCCCAAAACUAAUGAAAACACUCAAAGCUCUAAGGGUUUUUAAAGGUGAACCCAAUAUCCUUUCAGCCUUCAUGGAAAAAAACAGUAUUCUUUAUCUUUUCAUAGUCUAGGACAAGGAAAUGCCAUAAAACAAGGGAACUAAAUAUAAAUCUUACAAGAGAACCCCAGAUGUCUUGGCCUUAAUAGUUCCUAACUUAGUUAUUGGAGUUGAAAUCCUAACUAGUAGACUGUAACUCUUCUAGAAGACUGAGGUUUUAGAAGAUUCUGAGCAAAUCAAUUUGAUUCAUGUCAUGAUGCAGUAUUAUCAAAUAAAUUGCACCCUGUAAAAGAGUUCAGGGUGAUCUUGAGGAUAGUUGAUGCACUUUUUUCUUUUCAAAGGGAUCUCCUGUGCUAAUUAACAUGCUAAUGUUAUUUUGGGUAUAGGUUUUGAUGUGUUUUGUGUUUUGCUCUUUUGAGGGGCCAAUAUCAGGAAAUUCUGCUUAAAAAAACCUUGCAGUUAUACAUGCUUGGAAAAGAGAAUGCUUAAAAAAUAUAUUCCAAAAGUCUUAAGCCUACCUCGACUGAACGCGUUGCAUACUUGUUUUGAGUCAGAAACCUAAGAUGAAAAUCCUUUGUAAAACAAUGCUAUUGAGAAAUUAUAAAUUUACACACACCAUUAAAAAUGUACUUAAUGGAGGUGAAAAACUAUAGCCAUAUAUCUAGGACAGAAACACUUAUGCCAUACAUUCCCGAACCAAAAGACUAAAAGUCCUCUCUCUUAAACUUUAUGAUAGUUGGCUUGCUGAUUGCCCCUUUGUUUCUCUCCCCAUUGUUCAGUAUACUGCCUUUUUUCUAAACUGUGAUUGUGGUUCAGUGCAAUAUUUCCCUGUAUCACCUUUCCUCAGGGCAUUCAGAACAGCAAGAUUGUUUUUGCUCAUAAGGGGUGGGCAAUGUCCUUUUGGGCUCCUCUAAAAGAAGAUAGUUUGGGUUUUUUUCCCUGCAACUCACCUGCAAGGAAUAAUGGCACAUUGGCUGUAAGCUGCAGAAAGAUGGGAUGUAUCUUUCUGCUCCUUUUGUAAUAUACAUUUGAGCUUUUGGAUGACAAAGAAUAUUAGUUUCCCUAAAUCGUUAAGAUUUUGGCUAUGGAUUCUGGUCCUUCCCAUAGCAGAACACAUCUUCACUUGGGGAAAAAGGUUAGGGGUUAUUUUAAUCAGUAACUGAAGUCAAAUAGUAAAACUUCAUUAAGUUUAACUAACUUUAUAUUUAAAAGUUAAAGAUUUAAGCAGCAGGGAUUUUUCUAUAUCCAUGCGUUCACUUUUUUUUUCCAUUGAAAAAGUCUCUUAACUUGUUUAGAAUUUUUAGCACUUUGUUCUUUUAUAAGCAAUUGUUUAAAGUCAAUGUAAAACUUAGUUGUUAAUUUAUAGUAAAUGUUAUAAACAUCUGAUUUUUUUUUAAAUGUACAUCUCUUAGCAGACCCAUCUGACAAAGGCAAUUUUGACCAAAUUGUAUUACAUCGUUCAGAAACAUCUUCAAAUAUUAUAUUCCUUGUUUUUAAAUGUUUCUAAAAAGUUGUAAUUUACAUGGCUUUAAAGAUCUGGAGUGCCCACAUUACCAAUGCAGAGGUCUGUUUGCAGCACUUAGAAUAGCCAAAAAAAGUAUUUGCCUUAUUGAACUGGUGGUGUGACUAAUUGCACUGCCAGCCAAAAACUGUAUACAGCAUACCUGCUCAAAAUUUAAAAAUACAUGCCUUCUGGAGAAUAUUGCCAGGUGCCUAUUCUGGAUUGUCAUCUGAGGAGGUCAUUGAUAACACCUUUAUGCAACCAAAGGUGUUUGUCAAUGAAGAAAGAAUAAAUAUACUGCUGCACUGUGCUUUAAAAACAUGUUUUGCCUUUUGUUUUGGUUGCAAAUAAACUGUGGCCUUAGACUUGUUUGCUGGGAAAAAAAUUUGAAAUGGAAAAUGUGCAUCUUUUGGAGAGUAAACUUAAAUGUUUUUCUUUUUUUUGUUUUGUUGGGUUCAUUUUUUUUUGCACAAUAACAAGCUCAAUAUUCAGGAGUUUGUUUUUGAUAAAGCUGUGAAAUGGUUAAGAAAUGUUUGAGUUAGUUCAUUAACCCACAGGAAAAAUUAUUGUAUUUUGUAUUAAUGGGUAAACCCCACGGGGUUCUUUUAAUAAAACAUUUAAAUUAUA